CGGACCAUCGUCGGAGGACGGACGGGCAGACAGGACCUGCACCAUUGUCGUCGAGUUCGUCGUCUUCGUCUUAGUCUUCGGUAUAAUACAUUAUCCAAUAGAGUUGUGAACGUCGACAAAGUAUUUUCGAAUGCACUUGAACAAAAAAAUAAUAAUUAUUAUUUUUUGAACCAAUGUUGAGUCUUCAGUACGCUGUUGCUGAUGGUGAUGGUUUCGAACCCGGCGACUGGCGCCGUCGCUUAACCCUCCGUGACACAUAGUCGCAAACGCCACUUGUUGUUGUCUUCGCCGUCCGAGGCCCACUGACACACGCGUUCAGCGCCUGUUUCGAUAAUCAGUUUAAGAAGUAUAUUACGCGAUGAAUGACAACAACACUAUUUGUACACUAUAUACAAUAUAGGUGCAAGGAAGAAACUGUUCAUUUGGAAAAUAACAAUACUAUAAUUUUCAACCUUUUCUGUUACAAUGUGACUGUCGGUGGUUGUUAUUAAUCGAAAUCUUAAGUAAUGAGUACGAGUAUUCGGGUACAGGAGAAGGCAGUUUCCACAGACCCGGAGCAAUUGGACGACCUAGACCACGAAGACUACCGGGUGCAUCACAUCCUGGCGGCACUAGUCAACCGUAAAGUCAUAUCCAUCAAGGCGGAUAUUUGCGAGGCCAAACUCAAAUGGAGGAUACAGCCAAAGUUAUUGGUGCAAAGAUUGGCAGAGAAAAACUCGAAAAACAAACGCAAACUCGGACGCCGGAAGGGUCGCUGCAUGCAUUCAUGUCAAAAACACCAUCACCACAACCACCACCAUCACCAUCAGCAUCGGCAUGAUCUAGAUCACCAAUUGUUUCACCACCAUCACCAUCAUUGUGAUGGGAUCGUUCGACAAGAAGAACCUGUCCAAGUUGAAGAAUGGCCUCAGACUCAAAGACCUGCUGUACCUUAUUUAGGUGGACACAUCCUAACCGCCGCAUUGCAAAGAUCUACUGCUGGCAUGUCGGAAGAAAAUCGGCAUUAUGUAGAGGCUCAAAAUCCAAAGACUCGGUUGAAAAAGAAAACCCGAAGAACAAGAUUCGGAGAAGAUAAACAUAAUGUAAUGAGACCUCAUCCCGUGCCUACUAUACAUCCAGAUGACUUACCUCAAAGAGCGAGAUGGACAAUUAUCAUCACCGCCGGACUAUUGCUCAUCACUUGUAUGCUGUUGGUGGGCGUAACACUAAGGAUGGCACCUGUAAUUGACGAACUCGUUCGAAAUAAAAACGAAGAGUUAAUGAAUUCACUAGAUCGAGAAGAAUUUGGACCAAUGGACAAUAACACUGAAUACACGUAUAGGUAACAGCUUCAAUAGUUCAAUAAACUAAAAUUUUUACUAAGACCAUUUUAUAAAAUAAUAAAUAUAUUUAACAAAACUUUAUUAAGGUACCUAUACUAAUUACUGUGGUAUAAUAAUGUAAGGCUUAUACUAUGUUAAAACGUUAAUAUGUUAUACGGUUGUAAAUAUUGUUGCGUAAAAGAAAUCAUCGUCCAAAAAUUAAUUUCUAAAUAAUAAUAAAUGGCAAUCACUGAUUUCUGAAUUUUUGUACUCUGAAUGUUUAACAUACAUAAAAUAUUAUGACAUCUAGAGGAUAUAACCUGUUAAUGAUUAUUUAUGAUUGUUUUUGAACUAUUAUGAUAAUAUUUGUAUAAUAAUAAUUGAUAG